GAUGGAGCGGUUGACCUUAUUCAACCUAAGGCAGAGAUCGCGAAUCACUGAACCACAGACCCAAACUAUUAUUGACCAACUGGAAACUGAGCAACUCGUUCGGAAAGCCUAUUACGAAAAAUUAGGCACUUGGAAGGAUGAUGCGUUGAGAUUGUUUCGCCUCGCCCAUAUCAACUACCUUAGUAGGAAACUGGUCUCACUACCCACAAGUUUCGAGCAUUUGGACGCUAGCCAGCCUUGGUUGGCUUACUGGAUAGUCCAUUCUCUACGAUUGUUGAACUUCAACUUAUCCCCAGAAACUGUCAAGUAUUUGAUCCAAUUCCUCAAAUCCACUCAGCACCCCGACGGUGGUUUUGGAGGAGGUCCUCAUCAGUUCGCGCAUCUGGCCACCACAUAUGGUGCUAUCAACUGUCUUGCAUCACUCUGUCGGCGCGAUGCCUUGGAUAUUAUCAAUCGUCCCGCGCUCGUCAGUUGGCUCAAAACCCUGCACCAAGAUGACGGGUCGUUCCUCAUGCACAUCGGUGGUGAAGCGGAUGUCAGAGGGGCUUAUUGUGCCGUCGCUGUUGCAAAGCUCACCGGCAUACUUCACAGCCAUCCGGAUGUGUUCUCAUCCACUGCUGAUUGGCUUGCCAAAUGUCAGACGUACGAAGGCGGUUUCGGAGCUCAGCCUGGCAUCGAAGCACACGGAGGCUACACAUUUUGCGCCGUGGCAGCUCUGUGCCUGUUGGGGCAUCCGGAAUUGAUCGAUCUACCUCGAUUGUUGAAGUGGGUGGCCCAUCGUCAAAUGUCCAGUGAAGGUGGGUUCCAAGGUAGAACAAAUAAAUUGGUUGAUAGCUGCUACUCUUUCUGGCAAGGGGCCACAUUCCCUAUAAUCGAGGAUUUGCUCUUCGUUACCGGAGAUCCCGCGCUUCUUGAUGAUAAGGCUCUGUUCAACGUCUCUGCCUUACAGGAGUACAUCCUCCUAUGCUGUCAGAAAGUUUCGUACACAAGACCCGGUCUGAGUGUUCCGACCCAUGAUUCAGACGGACGUGACCCAUUGUCAGUUAGUUCCAAUGUUGUGCGUAUUGAGGGAGAAGGUGGUCUUAUUGACAAACCUGGAAAAAACGCCGACUGCUACCAUACGUGUUACGCCCUGAGCGGGCUGAGUGUCGCCCAACAUUCGCCGCGUCCCCGAUUCGCUUCGGUCGAUAACAAGUGUCUUCAUAUGUCCAUCGGCGUACCAAAUGCUGCCGCACCCGUUAGUAUCCUUUGCGACGAGUUCGGGAACGAACUUGCGGACCUCGACCCGCUUCACAACAUUCUAAUGGACGGCCUUGCGUUUACAACAGUGUACUACACGGAGCUGGAUGCAGGCGGAAAGUGCUUCGAAGAGGCCGAAGUGAUAGCAUUGAAAGCCGCCGAAACGUGCAUUCCGGUCGCAUUUCCGCGGACAACAACUAGCGAAACUUCCCGGUCGCAUGAAAAUCAAAAUUUCCCAGAGCCAGAGAACUUCAAAAGCACAUGUACAACUCCGUGAUAAUUCAGAUAAACAUUUUGUUGCAU